CGACUAUUUUAUUGGAGGCGCCAAAUAAACAGCACUAAUCAAAUGGACUAUUGGGUCGCGACUUCAAAACAGCUCCAUUUUGGCGUGUUUGGGAAGUGCGGCUUUGAGGACCAAACUCUAGUCGAGAUCUCGGGGCCAACCCAAAGCGGUAAGAGUCUGGUGAUGCAAAAGCUAAUGGCACACUGCUUGGCUCCAUACAAGUACGGAGGUCGUCAAUGGAAAAUUGUAUUCAUCAAUCUAAGCCACAAAGUAAAUCAGGAGUCAUUGGAAAAAGCCGUCAGAGCAGAACUGCGGGAAUGGAUUGGCGAGGAUGCACCCAGUGAGGCGGAGCAAGCGGAAAUAGCAAAGGAAUGCGUCAGUAAAGUUACGUUCAUAAAUUGCUUCUCAACCGUGGACGUGUUUACUGCCCUCAGAGAAGCAAGACGUGCCGAGCUGAUUUGCAUGGAUACUCUUAGUGAGUUCUACUGGCUGGACUUUCGCACAAGAAGAGAAAGAAUUACCAAAUACUGGUACUACAAACAGUGGCAGACGAGGCUAUGGCAGGCCUGCAAGAUUAAGAAUAUUUGCGGCAUGUACACCGUGGACAGCAGUUUUCUGGAGAACAGAUACCGAGAUACCCCAUUGACAUAUAAAGUCAACUAUUCUGUGAAAUUAACCAAAAAUCGCAGAAAGUUUACAUUAAAUGGCAAGCCAAUUUCGUUUAAAGAUAAUGUAAUUUAAAAUUAAAAAUAUUUCGCUCUCAUGUGAAACUUCCAUUCUCUCUGACAUUGUGGUUAAUUUGUUUGUCUCUUUUUUUAA